GAAGUCUGCCUCCCUCGCCGCCUGCUCAAAGGGUCUGUCAUCUUCCGCGCACUUGCUGCUGCUCCUCCUCCUCUCGCCGGAUACGGCUCGCGCGCGGCGGCGGCCUCGUUCUCAGCUGCCCUCUCUUUCUUUUCCCAGUCGAUUAAUCCCCUCGUGGCCAAGUCUCUCCUUGCCAAACGGAGCCGGGCGACGGCGCGGCCAUGGCGGACACGGCGCAGAACGGGCCCAUGCAAGGAGGUGCGGGCGGCGGAGCCGUGCAAUUUCUGAUGACUAAUAAGUUGGACACAGCCAUGUGGCUUUCUCGUAUAUUCACAGUUUACUGUUCAGCUUUAUUUGUCGUGCCUCUUCUAGGAGUACCUGAAGCAACUAGCUUUUAUCAACGUGCCUUGCUGGCAAAUGCUCUUACCAGCGCCCUUCGGCUUCACCAAAGGUUACCACACUUUCAGUUAAGCAGGGCGUUCCUGGCUCAGGCCUUGUUGGAGGACAGCUGCCACUACCUUUUGUAUUCCCUCAUCUUUGUUAAUUCCUACCCUGUUACAAUGAGUAUUUUCCCAGUUUUGUUGUUUUCUUUGCUUCAUGCUGCCACCUACACAAAGAAGGUUCUUGAUGCACGAGGUUCAAAUAGUCUUCUUUUUCUACGAAAUCUCUUGGACAAGUUAAAUGCUAAUCAACAAAAUAUCCUAAAAUUUGUAGCCUGCAAUGAAAUCUUCUUGAUGCCGGCUACUGUGUUUAUGCUUUUCAGUGGGCAGGGAAGCUUGCUGCAGCCUUUCAUUUACUACAGGUUUCUUACGCUCCGUUAUUCUUCCCGCAGAAAUCCUUAUUGCCGGACUCUAUUCACAGAACUGCGGACUGUUGUCGAGCAUGUCAUAAUGAAACCAUCAUGCCCUGUAUUUGUACGAAGACUCUGCGUCAGCAGCAUUUCAUUCAUCAGCAGACUGGCACCAACCGUUGCAUAGCCCACAAUGGAAACAUGCAUCUGUGUGUCUAAUGAACAUUCUGAGCAGCUGGUAUUUCUGCUGGUGAUUUAUAAAUUCAGGAUCUCAGUCAAGGUUGUAUGAAAAAAUGUUGUUUUCUUCCAGGAGCCUGUUCUGUGACUUGUAUCCUAUGUCUUUAAAAAAAAAAAGUCUUGUUUUUCAAAAUGAUGUUCCUGUGCUUUAUGGAAGAUGAAUGUCUGCCAUCUUAGACAAAGUACUUAACAAGGCAAAAAAUAAUACCUGCAUUGUACAAUACAGCUUACGUGCUGUCAUGUAUGUUUGCAUCGAUUCUGAAUGAAAAUACUUAUUCAAAAAAAAAUGUCCAGGCAAUACUAGCUGGAUUGUGUCUAACGAGCUAUAAAGAUGUUGCUAAAGCAUAGUUGGUAGCUUUUAGGAGUAGCAGUUGGACUAUCUACAUAUGCGGUACAUUUGAAUCAGUAUUCCUUCCAUUCAGUAAAUGAAAGAAUUUCAUUCAAUUGAGUAAAUCAUUGUGCCCGAUACAAAUCAAUUGGCAUCAGCUCUGAAUGUGAACAAUAGGACUAAGCAUCUAAUUUUGUUCUGAUUUAUUUAAUAAUUUUGAAAUGGAAAACUCUCCACCUUUCCCCAAACAUUUAUUUCCUGUAAAUAUUUUUUUUCUAAAACAUGCCCUACUAUUUUUGCUGUCUUCCAAAAGCAGGAACUCUUAAAAUGCCAAUCUUUGAAAAAUCUGAAUAAUAAAGAUGGAUAUUACAUUUAUUUCUAAGACAAAUUGAAGUGUCAUUGCCCUGCUAAGGUACUUUAAACUUCUUACAGCUAGGCUACUUCACUUUAUCUCCUACCACCUGAAGUAACUUGUUCCACCAUGCUAAACCUGUCUGUAGAUGCAAAUUACGCUGAAAUCAAGAGAGCUCACUUCUAGGAGCAGCACCUAAGUACUGGAGUUGUCUUUGUAAGGUUAUAAAACUCUCUUCCCCCACUCUUUCAGCAUAUAUAACUGUACCAGGUUAUAAUAGGGAAUAAGUACAUGCCUCCUGCCCUGAUCCAGUUCUUCCUCCUCUGCUAGCUCAGAGAACUGAGAGGGUGUUGUUGGGGGAAGACAGCAUUGCUGAAGAUUCCAUAGGAUUUCUCUGUGCAGUGAUGCUGCAUCUGCACAGGGAACGAUCCUGCCCAUUGAGUUUAGAAUAGAGUAGGGUAUUGUGUAAAGCACGGUGGACAGAAGGUAGAUCUCCAGAUAUUUGGGGCUUAAACUCCCAGAAACUCUUGUCAACAUGGCCAAUGGUCAGGAAUGCUGGGAGUUGGUCCAAAAUCUCUGGAGAUCUACUUUCUGUCCACCACAGCUGUAAAGUAAUACUGUAGCAAUUUUCACAGACGUGCUCUCCUAUUGAAGUAAGGCUGCAGUUCCUGAAGUGUGGAUGUUGUUUUCCCAAGUAGAAGUUAGAUAAUAGGAAGGUCUUGCUACUAACUAUUCCCUUCGAUUGGUAGUACUAGAAACCCUUUGUCUAGAAGCAUCCUUGGUUGCUGUGCAAUGCCCAACUUGCUUGCUUUCCCUUUUAUAAUUACUGGUCUAGACAAACAGCUCAGCACCUGGACUCGAGACUGCAGGCAGGUUGCAUCUUUCCCUACAUGUAGAAACCGAGCAUGUCUGUGAAAAGGUUAUCUGAGAGCACUUUUGAUACCCUUUUUCUACAUGCUGGGCAUUUUUUUAAACUUCUAGGAGCGUUCCAUUACAUGAUUUCUCCAAGCUAUAGUUUGAAAUAGUAUAAUCUAGGAAUGAUUUUAUCCCAAGCGGUGUUGUUUGUGUAUACUGGGCCUGAAUCAUGGACAAAUAGGGGUACCUCUGAUAAUAUCAUCUGUUCUUGUGAAAUGUUUGGAAACCUUGCAUAAUAGACAGCUGAUGGCUGAACUGACUAUGGCCUUUAGCACACAUACAGACCUAUCCUGUGCAUACAUUUUUGGAUGUAAAUGCCACUGACUUUAUGGGGUUUAUUCUCAAGUGAUUACGUGUUCAGCCCUACUUGAGGAAAAACAUCCAUUGAAGCCAGGAGUAGCAGGAGCUGGACAUAAUAAGAAGGGCCAACAAGCAUACGUGCUACUCCCUUAGUUUUCUGUUUGAAUAUCUGAUGGCAGACUUGUGUUAGGCAGGUAUAUAAAUGUGUAUGUUUCUUCUCCUUCAUUACUGUAGAAGUGGAAGGUGCUGAGCCUUUUGCUUAUAAAAACCAAAUCCUAUCUUACUUUCAAGGACCUGCAUUUUGGAUUAAGGAAUGACUUGGCUGGGUGUUAUACUUCUUUAUUGAUUCUUCUAAACUACUUCAUAAUUCAGUGUCUUAUAACUUUGCAUGAACUGAUAUGCUAAAUCGUUUGGAAUGAUGCCACUGUUUUAAAGCAAAUGUUUCUGUGUAACUACUUGAUUUAUUUAUUUAUUUAUUUAUUUGAGUAGAGUGUGAUGGGCAUUUAGAUUAAAUUCAUUCAUUAGCUUAUCAAUAGCCAGUCUUGUACAUUGCUUGCCAAGCCUCCAAGUAUGGACAUAUGCAGUGAUUUUCCAAAUUGGGAUGAGAUAAUACCGCUUGAUUGUGCUCCUUUUAGCAUUUUGUCUCAAAUGUCCAUUUAUGGAGAAGAUGCAUACAAGAGUGCAGGUUUUCAUCUAGGCUCUCUACCCUGUUUUGAAGAUUUUAUAAGACUUAACAUUUCUACAGCAAUAAAGUGAAUGUUGGGGCGAUA